GACAGCAUGAUAGCCCAUAUUGACUAGAUUUUUCGAGUAACACGUUAGCUAGUUUAUUAGGCCUUAUAUGACCAGCUUUAGCUAAAUGGUCUGUAAUGAAUGUAUUACUAUUACAUUAUUAUCGAUUUGGAUAUUACCGAUCAGAAGAAGAUACAACGUGUUCCUACUACGGAUAACAAGCAGUAGAAAUGCCUCGCAUUGAGAAUGACAUCAAGUUGGACUUCAAGGAUGUGCUCCUCCGUCCGAAACGAAGCACACUCAAGUCCCGUAGUGAGGUGGACCUGAUGAGAAGUUACACCUUCAGGAACUCCAAGGGAAGCUACAGAGGAAUCCCCAUCGUUGCCGCCAACAUGGACACCGUCGGCACCUUCGAGAUGGCCCUGGCGUUAUCCAAGUUCACUCUCUUCACUGCCAUUCACAAACACUAUUCAGUAGAUGACUGGAAGGAGUUUGCAACAAAGAAUCAGGAAUGUGUACAGAGUGUGGCAGUCAGCACAGGGACAAGUGAAGGGGACUUUGACAGACUGGGUGAGAUCUUAGCCGCUGUGCCUCAGCUGCAGUACAUCUGUGUGGAUGUGGCCAAUGGCUACUCAGAGCACUUUGUCCACUUUGUCAAAGACGUGCGUCAGAAGUACCCGACACACACCAUCAUGGCAGGGAAUGUGGUUACCGGGGAGAUGGUGGAAGAGCUGAUCCUCGCCGGCGCUGACAUCAUCAAAGUGGGCAUCGGACCAGGGUCUGUGUGCACCACCCGUAAGAAGACCGGGGUGGGCUAUCCCCAGCUGAGCGCUGUGAUCGAGUGUGCAGACGCUGCCCACGGCCUGGGCGGACACAUCAUCUCUGACGGUGGGUGCACUUGCCCAGGUGACGUCUCCAAGGCUUUUGGCGCGGGGGCGGACUUUGUGAUGCUGGGUGGAAUGCUGGCCGGCCACUCAGAGAGCGGGGGCGAGGUCAUCGAGAAGAACGGGAAGAAGUACAAGCUGUUCUACGGCAUGAGCUCCGAUACGGCCAUGAAGAGACACGCCGGGGGCGUGGCCGAGUACAGGGCAUCUGAGGGGAAGACGGUGGAGGUGGUCUACAAGGGUCCCGUGGACGUAACCAUACGCGACGUCCUGGGUGGGGUCCGCUCCACCUGCACCUACGUGGGCGCAGGGAAGCUCAAGGAGCUCAGCCGCAGGACCACCUUCAUCAGGGUCACCCAGCAGCUCAACACCGUCUUUGGGAACGAUAACUAGGCGAGGUCCAGGCUGGUUCCUGGGCGUAACAGGGUCAGGGGGGGUGGUGGUGUGUUUUGUUUGCUGCCUGCCCCUGUCACAUGGAUGCUAUUACACAUACUGCACACACACACACACACACACACACACACACACACACACACACACACACACACACACACACACACACACACACACACACACACACAAACACACACAGAAACAUACACACACAGAAACACACAAUACUGUAACCAUUGAUAGUAAGAAUCUGUCAUUUAAGAAACGUAAACCUUGGAUAAGUGUUUGGUUGCCAAAUCAAAACCUUUUUAGGUGACACUAUCAAAACAAUCCCUUAUCUAGGAGUUUAUUUAAGUUUUGAUAUUUUAGACAUAUUUGGCUUUUUUUCCUGUAAAUUACCAGAAAUGGACAUUUCUUUGAUAAUAAGUGAACCGAUGAUUGUUGUGGUACUUCAGGAUGUAUUUUUGUGUCAUCUUGCUCAAUCAUUCCCAUUCAGCUCUGCAGGCUUUGAGUACAGGCUUCUCUCUGUCCAUUAUUAUCUACCAAGUCCUAGAAUCUCUCUCUCUUUCUCUCUCUCUCAAUCCCCUCUUUCUCCUAACACUUCUAUGCACGUCACCGCCAUGCUAUAUGAAAGCCAUAUGCAAAAAAUAGAUGUAGAGUAUUUCACUGUAUGAAGUAUUUACUAUAUCAAGAGUACAGGUAAAGUUUAUUCCAAAAACAUAGUUUUUAUUAUUUUAGAUAUAUUCAAUAGAUGAAAAUAUUCCUUAUAAUUAGCAAUAUUGAAGAUUUUUAUGUUAAGAUAUUUCUGGUUAUUUAACUUAAUCCUUUUCAAACUCACUUAAAUAUAUAUUGACCUUGAAUGAUUUGCAAAAGUGUUAGAUCAUAUUGUAUUCCAGUCUUUUUUUUCCCAUAGCUCCUUAGUUUUUAUGUUAUUCUCAUGCGGACCAAAUAUUAAAGCGAUGAGGGAAAAGAUAUAGUGAAACUACUGACAAACUGUUUCGUGUACUGUACAGCUACAGUAGAAACUCAAGUCAGUCAAAUUACACCCAGUAUGUUGAGGGGAAACUGAUGGGGAAUACAGAAUGUGUUCAAAGUAUGUUGUUAAAAUAGGCUGAGGGAGACAGGACAGCUUUGAGUGUUACCUUGACUUACUGUUGAUUUCACACUUUUCUCAAUAUUUUAUAUAGUCAGAGACUAUAUAAAAUGUCCAUGCAAUCAGCAUUUCCCAUUAUUGUACUUGACUGUGUCAGUUACUUUGCGAGAAUGUUGUCUCUGUCUAUGCAUUAUUAUGUACUUGUAACUGACUAGUUUUCCCUAUGGAGGUAUAUUCACUUUACUUCAGUGUUUUGGAGGAUAAUUCCAUUUUAUAUCUAUCUGGUUUUAGUCAAACAUGUUAUGCAGGUUUUAUUCUACUUUUCUUCAGUCUUCUCACUUCUUUCCAAUAAAGAGCAUUCCAUAUGA